UCGACAACAAACGCGAACCGACAGGCAUAUAAUCGUGAUUUCUCGUUGUUGUAGAGUUGUGAUCCGAAUCUUGGGAAUUUCAAUGAUUAAUUUUUUCAAGAAGGAUAAAAAAUGUGCAGCAAAAAUUUCGAUGAGUAUGAGAAGAAGUACUUUCCUAAGAAUGAAACGCCAGACCAUCUGUGCAAGGAAAUGAAAAAAUUCAUCGCUAAAGCCGGGGUACAUCCGUCAGUUGUCGAAUACGGAGCCUUCAAUAAAAUGAUUGGAUUCUCAGCCAUUGCGGUUGACGAUGAAAAGACGGCGAUAAAUCAUCUGAUAGAGUCCCACGCCGUCCUCCACCGUCAGCAGGUAAGCCUGAGAUACAAAAAAACGGAAAUCCGUGGCAAUUGCGGCUACAACCAGAAGUUCGGGGUGAAUCCCUCCCACUUGGAGUUUAACGUCGACUGUCACGAGGGUCCAGAUUCCCUGAAGGACAAACUGGCCGAACUUCCCAAGGAAUGGUACAUGGUCCAGUUGACACAGCCCUACAAUCCCGGGAAAUGGCAACCUGAGAACUCAAAUUCAAUUCAUCCCCUUCACCUGACAGUUCUCCCUACGGGACCAGAGGCUAUUGCCCCCUUCACCAUCACUAUUCCAGCUUCUGACAACAGCAUGUACGAUCUCUGUCAGGACAUCAAGGACCUCCUGGGCACUAAUAAAUCGAGUCUGCAGGCGCAGUAUGGCAAUCACGCCAUGUACUGGAAGAUGAGACAGCACCAGAAUAACAGGAUGAAGAAUGCCGUCAAGGAGAUGGAGUACAAGUGGCUCAGGGAGUGGAGGAUUCUGCUUGUCGCUGAUCCUCUGGAACCCUCUGAUGCCACCAGGGAGAUUAUUGCAGUCGUCGAUAAACUCGUCACUGACAAUCGCUUGAUGUCAGUACUGUCCCCAAAGACGAUGUGGCUUCUACGAAAAGUGGCAACAAGUGCUGGAUUCCUCAACAAAGUAGAAAUAGCGACACUAGUCACAGUAAUUCUCUCUGGCCACAAGAAACUAGCCAAAAACAUUAUCCUCUCGAUCAUCAGUAAAUUUUCCCUAGUUUGUCAACUACAGCAGGAGAAGAGAAAGACAACAGUGCUGAUCGUGGACGAGGAAAUCGACUAUCUGCCCUUAGAGGCGAUGGAGAUCUUGCAGUAUCACCCAGCAACUCGUUUCCCCUCGUUCCACGUGGUCUAUGCGAUGUUCAAGGAGCACGAGGACUCGAUUAUUGACGGCUGCAAGACCGUGAAGAUCAACGACUCAAGUGGCAUGGGCAUCGUCAACCCCGGGGACAAUCUCCCGAAGAUGGAGAAACGUCUGAGAAUUUUCAUGGAUUACUGGCUGCCAAAUUGGCGAACCAUCUACAACAUCCUCCCCGAGGAGGACGGCCUCGCCAAUGCCUUCGUCGAUGCUCUCGUCAACCACGAGGUCAUGAUGUACAAUGGCCAUGGCAGUGGUAUUCACUACCUCCCUGGGGAGAGGAUCGAAAAACUCAGGGUCAAAGCUGCUGUUCUCCUCUUUGGCUGCAGCAGUGUAAAACUCCAGCCCAUUGGAGGUAGAUUUCCACCCUACGGAGUAUCUAAUCAGUAUCUCAUAGCUUGCAGUCCUUGCACCCUGGGAAUGAAUUGGGAAGUGACGGAUCUAGAUACCGAUAGGAUGACCUCCUUCUUUGUAAGUACCUGGAUUCCCUCGAAGGCGGAAAUACACUGGAAGUUUGUGGACUUUGAUAAAUGGGGCAAUGGAAAAUUUGAGUAUAGAUUCAAUAUCGAGAAAUACCAAAAGGAACAGCUCAAGGACACAUUUGAGCCCGAGAUGCUGAGGGCUGUGUCCAUUUCCAAGAAAGUCUGUCUACAAUUUAUGACAAAAGCUGCAGUUGUCGUCAGAGGACUGCCAAUAAAAAUCGAAUGGAAUGAGUAGUCACAUUAUGACUUGGGGCUUAAAGACUGAUGUGGCGAUACUUUUGUGGGGUAACACUUGUCCGCCGUUGAUGUACAACUCG